AUGGAUGGGCAAGACGGUCCUCUACAUUGUCCUCGGCAUUCACUGAAACACAUCAAGGAGUGCGUUGUGAUAGCAAGCUGCCUGCUGCAGUCUCAGGUCCCUCAGUAUCUCGAGAUGUCUAUGUACGCAUCCUUUCUCGAAUUGAUGGACCGCUUUGCUGAAGAAGCCUGGCCAUUGAUCGAGCGAGGCUUGGCGAAGGAAUCGAACUUUCGUUCGAUAACGAUGGACGAGCAAGUGCCAGCGAAAUACCAAUGCGAUUCAUUCUCGCAUCCUCAGCCUUUUGUUGCGGGUCUUCAAGUGGAUGAGGAAACUGAUUCUGCUCUGGCUAUGUCUGCAGUCUUGGCAAGCAAAUCGGAUAUCACCCACAAGCUACUGGACUCCCACAUGCAUAACAUGUCGGUGAAGGCCACGAUCAGUCGGGUCAUGGAGGUUUGGCGGCCGCUUUGCCUUGAAGCAAAAAUCUUCUCUUGCGAUGAUGGCAAUUGGUGGGAUUUCCACUAUUCUUCACACCGGCAGACGAUGGCCCUAAUGCAGACAGGUGCUGUCUCCACCAUGCGGGCAGAGAUCCGCACGCGACUCCGCCUGGAGCGCAGGGUCAAGGCUUUCAUGUCGGCUCAUGCCGACAGCUUCGGCGAUCUUAUCCAAUCAUCUUCCCGGGAAGGGGCCUACUUCGACAUCACCAAGAAGUCCAAGGCAUCAUUCGCGACCUGGAAGGAGUACGGCCAAGCCGGCAAGAAAGCAAUGCACAAUUUUGUGCUGCCAUACUCAAGGGCCACUGCUGCCGUCAACGCCACCCGCGCAAUGGUAUGGUUUGACCAGGUCGAGUUCGGGAAGUUUCAAAGGGAUCAAGAGCUGGCGAUUCAAAAGGCAGAGAGGCCAGCGGGUGCUGUGUGUUGCACUCCUGUCCGAGGGAUGCCAAUCGUCCAAUUACCAUGA